AUGAAGUUCGCCGCUGCAGCCGCCGCGCUGCUGCUCGUCUUGUUUGCCGCGGCUUCUGCCAAGAGAGCCGCACUGCGCAGCCCGCUCGCCCAGGCUCUGUCCUCCAACGGCGGCGUCUCGGCGGGGCAGGAAGACGCGCAGCGGGAGAUGGUGCAGGUGGCAGCGCCAGCGGCAGCAUGGGGUUUGAAGAGGCUGGUGGUGGUGCUGAGCGACAUCCACAUCGGCGACGGCAGCCCCACGCAGAACUACAAGUCGCACGUGCACGAGGGGCACCUGCUGGCAAUCAUGGACGACGUGGUGGCGCGCAACGAGCCCAUCGCGGAGGUGGUGCUGGCGGGCGACAUCUUCGAGUUCUGGUACUACCCCUUCCAUGCCCAGCCCCCCUCCCUCGCCACCAUCCUCGCUGCCAACCCCAACCUCUUCGGUCCCACGAGCGGCUUCUCGUGCGUGCUGGACGCGCCGGGGGGGUGCGUCACCUUCAUCCCGUGUAACCACGACAUGCACCUCACCGCCGCUGACGUGGCGCAGAUCAGGUCCCCGGGGGGACACUACGUGAAGUUCGCUGCGCGGAGCUACAACCCGGGCGGCGACACGUCCAACCUGCCGCCCAACACCACAGCGGGCGACCUGCCGAAUCUGGGGACCCCCAGCAGCAGCAAGGCGAGCAGCUACUUGCUGCCCAUCCUGCUCGGCAUCCAGGCGGGCAACUACUCUGUCGCCCCUCAGGUGCUCGAUGCUUACGCGCGCUUUUAUGGAGCCAAUCAGAGCGCAGAGAUUAUCAUGUUGGAUAGGACAACCACGACAAUCACGGAGGCCAAGCAAGAGUACGCUUUGCUCUUCCAGAAGUGGAUCGCGGAGAACGGGGGCGGCGCUGGUGGCGUGCAGGUGGCGCUGAAGGUGCUGUGGGCGGACAUUGACUCGACCUACAUGGGGUGGUUCGCUACUAAGCAAGCGCUGGAGUCGGGGGCGAGCCUGGUUGCGUACGGGCACACACACGUGCCGGUGCGCGGGCUGGUGAACCCCGUGCUGGCGAACUACAUCAACCACGGGUUCGACCUCAAGAAGGUGCUGCGCAGCGGCGCCACGUACAGCAUCGAGGGCGACGCGGGUGCCAAGGCGCAGGACGUGGUGGAGGGCGCCACGCAGGACUGCUCAUCGUAUGCCGUCAUUGAUAACUCCACCAGCACCCUCGACCUCACCCUCACCGUCAGCACGGCCACCCAGGGCCGCUUCGUGUUGCUGCCCACCAGCAUCAAGGCUGGCACCCGGGCCGCUGUGUGGGUGCAGGACUUUCCAGCGCCGCCCAUCACGGCGGGCGUGGCGGCAUCAGAGGCGUGGCUAACGUACAUAGCCAAGAAGACCGCCAAGGCAAGGGCGGGUGAGUACAAGAAGACGUGGAAGUUUGCCUUUGCGUGCCCCACGUCGCGCAUGAACUCUGCUUCUGGCGGCUCCAGCCUCGUUGCCAAGUCGGGCUUCAACCCGUGGCAAGCAACGAUCACGGCCAUCCAGUUUGUGGUGAACCAGCUGAAGGCCAAUCCGGACCGUUGA